AUGCAGGUAAUCGGUGGAGGCAUUGACUUCACCCUAACGCCUUCUAUCGCUGUUGGCCAUCGGUAUUCCACUGAUUCAGCUGAUGGUAAACCUACUAAUUUGACCGAAUUAUAUAUCAGUGGCGUAUCAGGCCGUGCCGAAUAUCGGAAAUCUCACGAUAGUGAUGAUAACUGGACAGGUGACCCGAAUACUUGGGACUUGUUCACUGGACUAUCAUUUAUAAGUUCGCCUACAGACGUAAUUUACAAUCCGGAUCUGGAAACCAAGAAGACUUUUCUGCUAUCCCAGGGAGAUGACAGUGGCCUAUCAGUAUACUAUUAUCAGUGGCACCCUUCUGAUGAGUGGUCCAACCCUAUACAAAUUCAAAAGAGUGACGUGCAACCGUGGGCCACUCCCGCGGUGGUUGCUUGGGCUGGAAAUGAUACACGCUUAGACGUUUUUGUCGUCUCAAGGGCAAAUAACCACCUCUUGCACAUUUCCAAGGACUCGGAAACGGAUACAUGGUCUGACUACGAAGACUUGGGAGGGUUCGGUACAACACCGCCGACCGCCAUAUCUAGGACUCUAGGAACGUUGGACGUUCUUGUACGCGGUGGCAAUGGUGGAUUAUGGCACCGUGCGUACUCGAGUGGCGGUAUCUGGUCAGCUUGGCAACGUAUCAGCGGGACCGUAAAGAUUCAGGGGCAACCACACGCCAUCAGCAUUUCCGACACGACCAUUGAUGUAUUCGCGUGGGGCACGGAUGGUGCCAUGUUGCACAAACGAUACAGCAGCGUCGACCAGGAAUGGUCCCCUGCGGACGGCUUUAAUGUUCUCAAGGAAGAUGGACUUGCAGGCCCACCAAAGGCAAUGACGGAUGGUACUGGAGAUAUAUAUAUCUUUGCAUACAGCACUCAAGGAGAACUCUUGUGGAUGACUCUUGGUUCGGACGCAGCGAGCAAAGGAGAUGUAGUGUCACUAGCAGACGUCCCAGAUAUAAUUUGA